CGACGCACGUUUCUCCCUCACCGGCGGCGUGUCCACGCAUUAACCGCGCGCGGUGUCAUUCUUGAACACGCAGUCAGGUGUCGCGCUUCUAUCACGCUACCGGCGACGCCCGACCGGCGUUUUUCCCCUCCCCAUGUUCACGUCGACACGGGCAUCGAGACGGUCUUAAUUAUUUAUCUAUUUUUUCACUCAUGUGUUUGAAAUGUAUAGGGACGGAUGACGUCGUGCGUGCACUCAAGUGUGUGUGUGUGGGCGUGGAUGAAAAUGCCAAUGUGCGGCGCGAGAGAAGGAGAAGCGUGAAGCUGAAUCUGCAGCUAGAGAUAAUAUCCAAUAUCACUGGGGGAAACACAACUUCAAAAUGUUGGUGAUAUCUGAGGAAUGAAGUUGUAAACGGUCGCUGUUUGCAGUUAGCCGAGCUCGGCAUCUUUGAAGAGCUGGAGGGGAGUUAAUUCAGCUCGUCACUCACCCAAGCCUCUCUUCCUGAAUGGGAAGCAAAUAAGGCAGCGACGCUUCUUCAAUAUCAGGCCACUUGCGACCACCGGACCUCCAUUUCAGAAAUUCUCAGUAACCUCCAGCAAUGAUGUAGACUUGACAACGAUACGAUGAUGAUGCAGGGCCUCGCACGGAGGAGGAGCAGCGACUGACUCUCUCCUCCUUUUUGCCACACCUGGCACUCUAUGUCUGUCCUGAUUGGGCGGCCAGAGAGCGAUGUCCUCAACCACACCUCUUGCAGCCCCAACCCUUAAGAAGGGAAGGAAGCCGGAGAAAACAGAGGUAAUGACUGACUCGGUGCCGGCCACCAACGAGGAACUGAGGAGCAAACUCAUGGACACCCAAAUUGAGCUGCAGCAGGAGCGGGCCAAGAUAUGUAAGCUCCGUGAGCGGCUCCAGGAGCAGCGGCAGGCUCGGGAACUUGAGCAGCACAAGCAUGCUGUGGCACUAACUGACCUGCGCGCCAAACUCCAUGAAGAAAAGCUACGUGAGAUAGCAGCUGCCCGUGAGACCCUGGCACGGCAGCAUGAAGUCGAACAGGCCCGGGCCAUCAAGAUCCGCGAUGCUGAGGUGCAGAGGCUCCAGGGGCUUGUAAACGCACUGAGAGAUGGAGCCGCUGACAAGCUAAAAAAUGCUCUUCUCGGAGAGGCUCGGGAGGAGGCCAGAAGAGCUUUUGAUGGGGAGAGGAUAAAGCUACAGCAGGAGAUCCAGGAGCAUAAGACAGCCAGGAAGCAAGCUGAGGAGGCGCAUGCAAAUGCUCUGCAGGCCGAUAAAGCCAAAGCAGUAGAUCUCCGCACGGCCUACCAACAGCACCAGGAUGAGGUGAAUCGCAUCAAACGGGACUGUGAGAGAGACAUCCGCCGACUGAUGGAUGAGUUGAAGGCAAAGGACCGGGUGAUGUGUGCCCUGGAGAGGGAGCUGGGGGUGCAGGCCGGCUUCACCCAGAAGCUUCAGCUUCAGAAGGAAGCCCUGGAUGAGCAGCUGGGUCAGGUACGGGAGGCUGAGAGACACAACCACGGCAGCCCCAAGAGAGAGCUGGUGCCUGGGCUGGGGGACAAUUCAGACCUGCUCAGCAACCAGGAGGUGGAGGAGCGUGACAUAAGGAGGUUCCAGCUGAAGAUUGCAGAGCUCCACUCGGUCAUCAGGAAACUGGAGGACAGAAAUGCACUGCUGGCGGAUGAGAGGAAUGAACUAUUGAAGCGGGUGCGAGAAGCCGAGAGCCAGAUGAAGCCCAUGUUUGAGAAGAACAAGCGGCUGUCCAAGAAGAAUGACGACCUCCUGCAAACGCUGCAACGCAUGGAGGAGAAACUGAAGAACCUGAGCCGAGACAACGCUGAGAUGAAGGAAAAAGCCGCCUCCUCUCGGCCCCCCUCACAGCAACAAUCCAUUCAGUCCCAGCUGAAGCGGCCAAGCUCCCUCACAGACCUGAGCCAUGCCCACGAGGAACAGGAAGUGGAGUUCCUCAAGCUGCAGGUUUCUGAGCAGCGUGGCAUCAUCGAUGAGCUCACGCAGGAACGUGACCGAUUGGUGAUGAGCAAAAAGAACAGGAGGAAACCUUUCAAACUGUCUAAAAGGCAUGUUGUGGAGACAUAUUUUGGAUUUGAUGAGGAGUCGAUUGACUCUGAGACCUCCUCUCUGACCUCCUACAACACUGACCUCACUGACCGCACGCCUGCAACCCCAGAGGAAGAUUUGGAAGAGAUUAUUUCCCGUGAAGAGUCCGAGCUUCGCUUCCGUCAGUUGACCAGAGAGUACCAGGCUCUCCAGCGGGCCUACGCCCUUCUCCAAGAGCAGACGGGGGGCUCUGUGGACGCUGAGAGGGAGGCCAGGACACGUGAGCAGCUGCAGAUGGAGCUCAGCGGCUGCCAGGCUAAGAUGGUGGACCUGGAGAAGGCCCUGGCCGAGAGGGGGCAGGAUUCAAAGUGGGUGGAGGAGAAGCAGUACUUGCUCAGGACCAACCAGGAACUUCACGAGAAGAUAUGUGCGUUGCAGCAGGCGGAGUCGCGGCUGCAGGCUGAGGUUCAGGACGCCCACGAUCAGAAUGAGCUGCUGGAAUUCAGAGUGCUGGAACUGGAAGUAAGAGACUGUACCAACAUCAAACUGUCACCAGGAGGCGACAACAACAAUCUCAGUUCCAGGCGCAAGACCUACAUACAGUGACUCGACAGACAGACAGACAGACAGAUGCACUGUUCACUUAUACACACUUGAGCCCUCCUCUGUAUGCAUCUUUGUUUUGCAUUGUUUUGCAUGGCAGCUGUGUGCACACCCCCUCCACUGAACUGGAAUAUUUUUUAAAUGAAAGAAUGUUGUUUUUAAGAUGAAUAUAAUUUUUAAUUGAAUAAAAUGCAUUCAGUUUCAAUAUUCAA